UGCUGCAGCUGGGCACCAGUGCUCGAUGCACACCCUGCGGGGACGGCGGCGAGGGCAGCGACACACUUUCGCUUUGGAGGGCUUGCCCGGGCACCGCGCCGGCCGGCGGCAGCAUGAGCGCAGGGCUCCUCUUCCUCCGCCUCGUCCUAGUGUUUGGUUGGACUAUUGGAUCACAAUGUGACAGUGAUGUACCUCCUGCACACACUAUAUAUGAUAAGCUGUCUAUAAAGAGGAAUAUUUCUAAAAGGGAACUUAAAUGUAAAGAGGGAGAAUAUGCUGCAGAAAAUAUCUGCUGUAAGAUGUGUCCACCUGGUUCAUUUAAAUUUGGUGAUUGCACAAAGGACAAAAACACAACUUGUAAACCAUGCAUAGAAGGAUCAACAUACGUGAAUUAUGACAAUUCCCUCGAUAAGUGCAGAAGGUGCAGGUCAUGUGACUCUGAACUUGAUUUGGAAGUUGCAGAACAUUGUACCGUCACUCAGGACACAAAAUGCAGGUGUAAACAACACUACUUUUGCAAUUCUUCUGGCCCAUGUCAUCAUUGCGACCCAUGCAGCAAGUGUGAAAAUGGCGCAAUUGAAAAAGAAUGCACCCCGACCACAAAUACCAUAUGUAAAAGAAACUUCUGGUGGAUCUUGCUAGUAGUGGUUGGAAUCGUAAUCGCUAUCGCAUCAUUAUCAGCCGUAGCAGCAUACUGUUACAAGAAGAAACGGCAGGAUUUUGAUUUGAACAAUCAGAUGCGGCAUUGGGUUGUCCACAAACCACCCACCCCUGAAAUGGAGCAUCUCGUGUACCCAGAUGUUGACCUGAGCACCUACAUUCCUGCUAUUGUGGAGGAGAUGACACUAACACAAGUCAAGAAUUUUGUUCGGAGGCAUGAAAUCCCAGAACCUGCCAUAGAGCAGACUGUCCAGGACCAUUUAAAUGAUUCAACUGAGCAGAAAAUCAAAUUGUUCCAUAUCUGGUAUCAACAUCAUGGAAUGAAGGGGGCUUAUGGAAAUUUGAUCGUCAGUCUGAGAAAAUUUAAUAUGCGUACUGUUGCUGAUAAAAUUGAGAAAAAACUGAAUGUAGUCACUUCCAGCAGUCAAGAAAACGGAAGAUCAAAUAUCAAUACUGCUGAGCAAAGCAGUGCCCUUUCUGAUGGACAUAAUGUGUAGUCAGCAGAAAAAUAUUUCUAAACUGGUAAGUAUUAUUUUUAUGUUGUAAAUAACAAAGUUUUCGAAGACCGUUUCCUUCAGCAUUUCUACCUGAUUAAAGAAGAGGUGAGUGAACAAGCACAGACAGCAUGGCUAACUUCUGGAAACGCAUCGAUGUGCUCUUCAAAGAUUGAGAUUUUCCUAUUCUUUGUAAAGGACUGGGAACAGAGAUUCUGGGAAGCAGUGACUAAAAAAGCAACAAUAUAGGAGUUCAUGCAGAGGACCCACAAUGCUUCUGUGUCACACACAAAAAAGUCAGCCAACAUUUUGGAUUGAAGCUUUAGUUAAGGAUUUAUGGUCUCAGACAAUGGAUGAUCUUUGUGUUUACUUAUGCUGAAAUUAUGGUUUAUAGCUAUUUUCCUUAUGUAAAAGAAUGACAACUCUGGUGUUAUGUUUACAAUAUUUUCAGCAAACAUACUUAGGGAAAAAAGGAUUUCAAUUCUUAUUUUAAAUGUAAAGACUAACUUUAAUGUACUCUGUAAACAUGUUAAAGAUUUACUCAUAUGCGAAAUCCCAUUUAAAGUCAGUGGGGCUAUUCACUUGUGUAAGUAUUUGCAAGAUGAAUAUACUUGUUUUUAUAGAUUACUUUGAAUGGUACUUUCAGUUGUGAAAGCAUAUGCACAUGUACAUAUUUCAUGAAGGGCCCCAAACUAACCUCAGAUGUGUGGGUGCAGCUUAUUGCCUUCUACAAUAAUCAUGAUGGUCCUUUCUGGUCUUAAAAGAAAUCCAUGAAAUGAAAUGGGAUCUGUGCCUGUAUAUCUGAAGGACAGAACUGGGUCCUCAAUUUUUAAAGGUCUGUCAUACCAGCUGUGAUCUCUCCAAGGCCCAAAUGUUUGAUACUAGCUUUUCUAAUGCAAAGAUUUAAAGUAAGACACAAGCAGCAAUAAAAGAAGAGCUUGAAA